AUGGGAUCAACAGAGCAGCAUUACUGUUUACGAUGGAACAACCACAAGUCAAACAUGAUGACAGUUUUCCAAGAGCUGUACUACGACGGAACCUUAACCGACGUAACAAUCGGUCUAUCAGAUGGACUGCUAGUUGAAUGUCACAAGCUGGUGCUAGCAGCUUGUUCUCCAUACUUCAAAAAAAUCCUGCAAAACAUGAACCGACCUCGUGCAUUAAUCCUGGUGAACGUAAAGUACUACCAAAUGAAAGCGCUGCUGCGAUUUAUGUACCACGGAGAAGUGACGAUUUCUUCAGAAGAAAUGCCGGAGCUGCUGCAAAUAGCGAAUUACCUAAAAAUAAAAGGGUUGGUGGAGGGAGCAGACAUACCUGACUCCUCUUUGAGAUCAUCAUCGCCUAUUGAGCAGACCCAGCACCCGCUGGAGCACUCGCAAUCUGAGGAACAUCACCAGCAACGUCGGUCCCGGCGUGACCGACACGCGAGUCCUUCCCCUCCGCCGAUCAGCAGCAGCCACCCGAACUACCUGGCCAGCAUGGACCGGAAUGAAAGCGUGGAUCACAUGUCGCCGCCACACUCCACCAGCUCGCCUUACUACGUCCAUCACAAGACCUCACCCGGGCGCAGCUACGAUGAACGGUUUUCUGGAGUCCCUGCCUGGAAUCUCCCCUUCGGGCCACACUUUGCUGCCUCCCUCAAUGGCUCCUCCGUCUCUGCUCACCACUCCCAGCUCUUCCCUGCUCCUUAUGACGACAUGGCCAUUUGCAAGAGCAAAAUGCAGAACCUCAACAUGGGCCGUGAUACUCCGAUCCUAAGAACUGUUCUUGGGCAAGGCAAUGCUGAUAGUUCUCAAGCUGCCUCGCUUCUUCAUCCUGAUAAUCAGGAGUACAGGAGUCCUAGCAGUCGAUCUGCUGGUGAGCAUACGGAUAACAAGCGCAAUGGUAGCAGUGGGUCACAAAAUAUCAGUCCUUAUGAUCCAGCUGCUCGUGAUACUGACAAAAAAACUAGAGUUCGUGCAAACGGUGACUCACACCGUGAAUGGAAGCGCUACAAGCAGUACACAAAGGAGCACAUAAAUUCAGCGAUCCAAGCUGUAAGAGACGGUAUGAGUGCUUUGCAAGCAGCAAGAAGAUUUGGCGUUCCCUCACGAACGCUCUACGACAAAGUAAAGAAAAUGGGAAUCGCUAAUUCCCGAUCGAUGCGCCGCAGCGGCAACAACAACAACAACAACAGUGGAGCCAGUUUUCCAUAUGGAAUCGGGUGCAAUAAAAACGGUCGGAUUUACGCGUCGCACUCUGAAAAUGAUUAUGAAAACAACUCAGGUGUCUCCGAGACCCCAGACACAGUGAUUGAACCUUCCUACGAAAAGAGCAGAGAAAAUUCCGUCGACCGGGAGUCGACGAUGGAGCUGUCCCGAGUGACCCCGAGUUCCAGCCCUAAUCAGUCGGUCCACAGUGCUCGUCUUCCAGAAGCCGAAGAAGAUCAGGACCAGGUCGAAGAUCUCUCGAUGAGCAGUAAAAAGUCUGAUAUACGUGUAAUAGUAUCUCCUGUCAUCAAAGAAGAAAAAGUUGAUCCAGAUAAUUUUAACAAAUGA